AUGUCAUCUCGCAUCUCCGACUUUGCGCCGCUCAAGCGCGCCGCCACGCGCGACUCCCUCGAGCCGUGGCUCAAGUCCGUCACCAUUCUGUUUGGAAGCAGCAUGCUCGUCUUCUUCCUACCCAUUCUCGUGCUCGUUCCGCUGCGCGUGCCAAUACCGCCCGUGCUGGAGUCGCUGCUGCGCUGGGGCCCCGGCGGCGCCGAGCAGUACGAGGAGAUGAUUGCCAUCAUCUACAUUGUCUGGGGCGUUUUUCUUUUACGCGCGUCCGCGGACCCGUUGCGACACGCGUUGUUUCUCGACUUUACCGCGUGCGCCAACGUCGCGCAUAUUGGGCUCAUGACGCUCAUGGCCGUGGUCAACGGGGGCGACCGCAUCCACCUCGUCGGCGAUGUGCUGGCAGCGUGGCUGGUGCUGGGCCCAUUCCUCUACAUAUGGAGCUCGGUGAAGAGGGAGCGCAAGUCUCUGUUGCAGAGUUGA